UUAUUCCAUUGACUCCAGUUACGUGAACAGCAGAGCCCACCUCAUUAAAAGCACAUCGACAUUCAAGGACCUGGAGGGGAACAGUUUGAAGGACAGCGGACACGAGGAGAGCGACCAGACCGACAGUGAACAUGAUGUCCAGAGAGGACACUAUGUUGACACGGCUGUCAAUGAUGUACUGAACAUGACUGUCCCCCCCAAUGUUUGCCAGCUGCCAGACCAAGAUCCCAGUGAGGGCUUUCACUGCCAGGACGAGUGCCGCAUCCUCGGCCACUCUGACCGUUGUUGGAUGCCUCGUGUCCCAAUCCCAGCACGUGCCAAGUCACCAGAGCACACUCGUAAUGUCAUUGCUUUGUCUAUCGAGGCCACUACAGUGGAUGUGCCCCACUAUGAGGAUGGCACCACUAAGAGAACUUUUGCCACCUUUGGCAAGGAUGGGCCUGAGGAUGUGGAACGGGGAGAGCUAAAGGGAAAACGGACUCAGGAGUCUCAGGUGUGUAGCCCCAAGUCCAAUGGAGGGGCUGUCCGUGAAGCUGGCAAUGGGCGUGAGGCAGCCAGCCCCAUCACUUCCCCUGUGCACCUGAAGAGCCCAGUGUCCAAGCCAUCGUCUGCCUACAACACACUGAAAUGCCGCGACGCAGAGCGAAUCGCCAACCACAGCCUGCUGCGGCAGCCGGAGGGGAAGGACAGUGAGCCGGCUGUCAGGGAGAUCAACACGCUUCUCCACGAUGGUCGAGACAAGGAAUCCCCCAGCAGCAAGCGCCUGAAGGACAUUGUGCUUUAGCGAGCUUCUCUGUGAUGCACACCAACAUGCAUAUACACAUAUAGAGUAAAGUCACAUAUAUAUACCCCGCAAUAGCUGUGUGUGCACAGAAGAAAGUCAGGCUGUGGAAGUAGAGACACACCCAUCUGCAGUAUACAGAAUCGGCUUGGGCUGAGGAUAAAGAGCUGCGUUACCAUGCUGCAGCUAGUUGUGUGGUCAAGGUAGUGGAUGUGGCUUUGUUGUAGUCGCAGUACUUUUUCCUUGUUUGCUUUUUGUUCGGUUGUUUUUGUCCGUCUGUCUGCAGUGAGUGGACAGGCAGGUUGCUGUUGACUGCAUGGACAUGGCCAGUGAGCUCUCCAGCCCUCGCGCCAAAGCAGGACCCUACUCGUUUGGACACCUGAGGUGCCAGUUUGUCCGUACAGUUUUGCCUUUUGAACUACUUUUGUAUCAAAAACGGAUCUUUGCCUUUUUUGGUUUUGCGGUUUGUUCUAACUGCCAAAAUCGCUCUUUGUUCCUUUGUAUAGUGAGCUCCAUCAGUGUAUUAAAUGACACAGAAACAACACAAACAGACACACACGGGCUUCGUCUAAAAAUAUCCUCCAUUUACUCCAACAGUUUUCAGUUCUUUCAGCAGAAGGAAAGGGAGGCAUCUCAAGCUCAUCGCCCCCUCUCCCCAUCUAAUAAGAGAAACUUUCUCUGCGUGUCCCUGAGGACAUCCUCGUGUCAUCAGACUGUGAGGUCUUUACAGUAUUUAUAUUUUAUCAAGGAUGGAGCUAAAUGAACUCUUGCUAUCUGCCCGGCCGCUUUGAACACAGUGGAAGCAGGACAGACAUAUCCUUGUGUUCAAAUUGAGGUGUAUGAAAAGAGACUUACUGCUUUUGAAAUCUCCUGUUCCCAACCUUGAUUGUAGCCAGUGGAGCACAAAUUAGAACUUUGUGCUCUAGUCUUGUACUUUUUUUGACUUUUGACUAUGGGGCUAGGAUAGAAGGGAUCGUCACUCAUGUCUUGCUAUGUGAAACUCUGUAUAGGGUUUACUAUUAUCAUUUUUAAUAACCUGUUGUUAUGUGACAAUCCCUUUAAUGUUUUGUUUCAAGAGAAAAAUCAAAUAAACAUUGGUGUUCAACUGAAGCUACAGUAGCGUUUGUUACACAAACACAAAAAUUAAAAAAACAUAUAUGACAAAAUAUAUUUUAUAAAUAAUUUAAAAAUGUAUAAUGAAAAUAUUUAAUGCUGUGUAGUUAUUUUAUGAGUAAGUUAUACUUGAAAUUAACUUGCUUUUGUUCAUUUGUCUUUUGCUUUUAUAUUGAACCGGAUUUGUUUUUUUAUUUUCAAAAUGAACUUGGAUUUUUUUUUUUUGUUUCUUUGUUUGUUUGUUUAUCGUGUGACCCCUGGCAACUGUUGACUUGCAGUCUACCUUGUUGUAAAGAGUUUCUUAUUGGUCAGUUCUUGUGCCAUCAAGUUUCUGUGUGGGCUACUAGAAAAUGUAUAAAGACAAAAAAAAAGAAAAGAAAAACAAUAACAACAACAAAAAGCAAUUUCAGCACCGACAUUAGUGUGUCAGUUCAAUGAGCUUAGAGUGAGAUAGCAAAAGAAACCAAAAAAGAUGCAAACAAAACCUUAAAGAUUGCCGGAUAUUGCUUAAUCUUCUUAUCUGAGGAGGAAAGGAACCAGCUCCCAGUGUUUUUCAUGCUGGUAAUAAGGUUCCACCUAUUUUAUCUGUCUAAUGAGUCAGCUUUCCCUUUGAGCCCAAUCAAGUUUAAACAGGACUAUUUCAGAUUCAGCUGAAGGCAUUCGGACAUGACGACUAGCUUUCCUCAGCACUGCUGUCACCCUGUGCCAUCUGUGUUCAGCUGAUCUCAAAGAUGAGGUUGAGACCAGAGAGGUAUAAACAGGGCUCCCCCUUCCUACUAGCGCCACACAGCAGAGUGGGUGGAAUCGGGUUCGAACGAACUAAGAUCUUGGAGGAAUCGUGUUGCACAUCAGCAAUGAGGUUUUAUGUUGCUUUGCAGUAAACUAUGUACAAUGUGGAAAAAUAUGAAUGAAAAUGGACAAAUUGCAUACAACACAAUAGAUCUUGUAGCUGAAUGUUUUGCUGGUCUCACCCAUGGCUUCUGGCAAAUGAAAAUCGGAAUAAUCACUGAAUGUAUA